UCUCUCUCUUUCUCUCUGACUUCUUGUAGAUGCAAAGCUCAUCCUGACGGCACGCGCAAGAAAAAUAUAUAUACAAACGUCCAAACUCGGGCUGUUGUGAAUAUUUCUUCUCCUUCUUAGUAUUAUUCUUAAUUUGCUAACGACACAUCAUCAACUGAAGCAUUAUGACUGACAGGAAAGCUGUGAUCAAGAAUGCUGACAUGUCUGAGGACAUGCAGCAGGAUGCAGUUGACUGUGCAACUCAGGCCAUGGAGAAGUACAACAUUGAGAAGGACAUCGCAGCAUACAUCAAAAAGGAGUUUGACAAGAAGUACAACCCAACAUGGCACUGCAUCGUAGGAAGAAACUUUGGCAGCUACGUCACCCACGAGACGAAGCACUUCAUCUACUUCUACUUGGGCCAGGUGGCGAUCCUCCUGUUCAAAUCCGGCUGAAAGUCUUGCGGCGAGAGUAGAAUGUUCGUUUCCAACAUGGACCAAGAUGCACUAGUGGCCAGUGUCCUGUCUAACCACAUGCUACAAAUAUUAAACAAGGCCAUACCAUGACUAUGCUGACUGUGCGUAACUGCAUGGGCCGUAUACCAUACUAAUUGUGCAUAUGUUGAGGUUAAGUUGCUUUUCAGUAAGUGUCCCAUGUUUAUCGGGAAAGCUUUUGUUUCUGGUCCUGACGAGUUUGUUCACGCAUAGGAGCUGUGGAGGCAGGGGUGGUUUUGAUUUAAAUAAAGCACUGGCAGAUGAAAUCCAAAAUGUGUGUUGGUAGUGUUUUUCUUCUAAGAGUAGUCAUUGCUGCCAGUGUUUUUUUAUUCUUUUCUUUCUUUCUUCUUCUUCUUCUUCUUCUUCUUCUUCUUCUUAAGUAGUCAUUGCUGCCAUGUAGUUCUAAUGAGCACAGUGUGUGUCUGUACCAUGGUGGAGAUGAAGAAUAAUGGAAAUAAGUAAUGUGUAUGUGGGUUAAUAUAAGCUUAGGUGCUUGUUAUUAUUGGAGUUGGUGAUUGUAUGCUAGGAAAGUGAUGGGUUACAGAUGCACAAAUUACACUCUUAGUCUGUGAAUCUGCAUUUCCUUUUGUUUGAGAUGUUUUACAAUGUUACAAGUGCAUUGAGUCUAAUGGGGAAUAAUCUAAGAUAUAUUAAACAGUUGUGUUUUUUUUUUUUUUUUUUUUUUUUUUUUUUUCCUUCUUGAGUAUUUGAGUGUUCAGCUUUUAUUUUGUUUUAAUUUUUCAUUUCUGUCAGUCGCCAGAACAUAAAGGGACUCUGCACACAAUAAUCUCCAGCUCCUUCAGUCUGCUAUUAAGUUUGGAAUUAUUUCGCCAUUUAGCAUGUUUUUUUUUUUUUAUUACCUUUUUUCUUUCUCUACUUAUGUAUGAGGUGUAGGUUUUUGUUACUUGUCUGUAUAUUGCACUUCAAGCCUUCACUUCAAGCCUCCCUCUGUUGGUAGGCCUGUGAAACACUUACACUCCAUUUCACUGUACCCUCUCAGGUACUGCCCAUGACAAAAGCAGAUCAGUCAUUAAAAGAUGUAAUUGUCAAUUGGGUUUUGUUUGCAUAAGUAAUUUUGCUGUAUUGUGUAAUAUCAAUAAAGAAUAUAGUUGCACAUUG